AUGGCUAGCAGAAGUGGUCAGUCUGAAUAUGAAGAAUCGAUUCAACCAAGCGAUACUUCAGAUCGUACGGUGUCUUCAAAAAAACCACAUAAAUAUGGAACCAUUUCUUCCUCUGAGAAAGCGUCUAGACAACCGUCCGGACGAUAUGAGAGAGGCGAUGAUGGGGAAAGAGAGAGAGAGAGAGAAGAGGAAGAAAGACGUAGAAGAAAGGAGAAGGAGAGAGAAGAGAAAGAGAAAGAGAAAGAAAGGAAUAGGAGAAGAGAAGGAAAUGAAGAUAGUCGGAGAAGAGACGAAUCUAUUGAUAGGUAUACGUCCAGCAUUGCAGGGAAAUCGACGGAUUCAUUGGAUACGUUGGAUCCGUCUGAUAGUAUUAGUAGUGUCGGGCCCCGCGCACCACUAUCAAGCGUAGCUUCCGAUUCAACUUUGACGCCACUUCCAACUCGUUCUCGUGUAUCCACUAUGUCUAAAUCGACGGAUCGCAAGAGUGACAGCGGAAAAGGAAAGAAGCGCGAAGUCGAAUCCAAUUAUAGUACCAGAAAACAAGAUUCUGGGAAUUCAGUGGCUCCGUCUAUUAUCAGUAGUGUUAGUUCCCGCGCACCACCAUCAAGCACAGCUUCCCAUUCAACUCGGACGCCAAGUUCAAUUGGUUCUGAAAUAUCUACUAUAUCAAAUGAUACUGUGUUGGCGAAUCGCAGAGCGAAGAGCGAUGCCAGAUCCGAUUACAGUGCCAGCACACGAGUAUCCUCUAAAUAUGGUUCUGACGUUUCUGGAGCUACUGAGAAGCAAAGGUAUAUGAUUCCUGUACAAUUGCCUCAAAGCGGAACUAGUAAAGACUCAGACCCGAGUGAAUCUACAUCUCAUGGAGCACCGGUUAGAUUGACACCCAGAAAUAUUUCCUAUACUAAGCCUCUUGUAGUACGGCCACACCCGCAGUUCAAAAACGCUUAG